ACUUCGACGCCCCUGCAAACAUAUGUUUACUCUCCCAUUUCCAAUCAAAAUUUCCAUAAAGCGGGUAACUACCCCGCUAACCACCGGGUUUUCGCGACCGAGAGAUGGAGAACUUCCAAGCCCUGCGUCAACUCCAACGCCGACGCGCUGGGGGGCUGCUUCACUACUGCUUCUGGGGAUUCUCGUUGCAGCACUCAGCACUUUACGUUCACAGUCGUGUUCGUACCGUCGUCGAGUGGCCAACGUUUUUGCGGUGAAAAAAUCCAAGCAAAACCAAAGGAGAAGCAAUACCCAUAGCACCAGCAGAGUCCACAAGCAGCAGCAGUGCAAAACUCAAUUCAAAUUGAAAAAGCAAAAUCUCAUCAAAUUUUUCGGCCUAUGACAAUAACACAAACGCACUUUCUUCGCUACGCAUUAUCCAGGUGCGUGUGCGUAUAGAGAGUGAGCGAGAGAGAGAGAGAGAGUGAUAGAGAAAGGGAGAGAGAGAGAGUGCAAAGGACGAGAGAGAUAUAUAGAGAUAGAGCGGAAACGGAAGCGAACUGAAAGCGCGUGUGAUUUUGUGUCCCCCGUUUACAUAUAUAUGGUUGUUGCUCCCAAAAGUAAAGCCCAAAACAAAUAAAAGUAAAAAGAAAUUAAAUAAGUAAACUUAAAAUUUAAGAAGGAAGAAUAUACAUAAGCCUACGUGCGCGUGUUGAAUUUAAUUUGUAUUUUCUGGUACAACAUCAAAAGCAUUUCCCUAUGAUUGGCUCAUUCUGGAAUCUGUGCAGAGCGUGCCCAUCAAUGCCGGUAGACAAGCAGCUCCACUCGGAGUAUCGGAGCACUUAUCGUUGGCAUGAAUUUACGGGAAACUCGCGGCCAGAGGUUGUGCGACGGGCGCCAGCCCCAAAUCAAAAUCAAAGUCAAUUUGAUGGUCCGACAAAUGAGCCGUCGAUGCCGCGUCGGAAAAAAUGUCCAGAAUUAGCAUAUAAAUCGCACGAGUUUAUUAUAGGUUCGGAAUAUACAGAUGCACGACGAGAAGCCAGUGCACAUCGUCUGGCGCGGUCGGAGGGACGGGGCGGGACACCUUCGCGUCGCAGCAAAUCGGAGGGACCACCCGUUGUGCCUAAUGGACGUGCCUAUCCCGCUGCAACGGAGAUCGAUGGAGCCACAAGAAAACAGGCGGGUGAGUCAAAUGGCCUAUUUCGAAAGACCAUCUCAAAACUGAGCACAGAGUACCGCCUGCAAUUCGUUUGGCCGAAUGUUCGGCGGAUUAAGGGCGGCGGCGAGGCGACGUCUAAGGCCGCGGCCGGCGAUUACCCUCGAAAGAGUAUCUCAUUGGGCGCCCUGCGAUCCAGUCAGAGCCACAGUCACACUCAGAGCCAGAAUCAGAGUCUAAACCAGACCCAGACCCACGGCCACAGUCACACCCAUCAGUCGGUGAUGGGUGCAGGUCUGCCAACGGUGCAUAAAAAACGUACAACAAAUCAGAAAGAAGCUACUCUACAUGAGUUGGAGCCGUUGGUUAGCGAUACGGAUGAUAGAAAAACGCACGAGAAACAAGUGACCAUCGUGGAGCACAAGGCGCGUCCAUUCUCGCAGGCAUACGAUAACGAGCGUAUAAAUCACUUUAUCACGAAAAAGGAGAACUUUGGCUUCACCGAUGCCGCUUUCAAGGAUGUGGUGGACAAUAAGCAUGGACAUGGAGCCGAUUCCGGCCAAGUGGUGGUCAUGAAUGGCACCGAUCCGCCGCACUCUAAACCGAAUUUGGAUUUGUGGUUCAAGGAUAUGGUUGAACUACGCAAAAAGGCAGGGGAAUAUAAGAGCCGUGGCUGGGGCAGGGAGAUUGAUCCGGAAUUGUACAAGAAGCAGAAGGAUCUGUGGGAUCAGGUUUCAAGGCGCAGCUCACUUUCAGCAUUAUCUUUGGCUUCGACUGUGCAUAGACCCAUUACAAAGGAGGAAAAGGAUCAGGAAAAUAAUAAGAAAUCAACGCCAUUGCCGAAGACUCCACUCAAACCCCGAGUUCCUGGUCAAGCCUAUUUGGUUGAUAAUAAAGAUGAGAUUUCAGCACUGCCAGCACGUUUUAGCAAUAUACGCCACCAUUUAGAACGCACCACGGGUCCGGAUGUGGAAGAGGGAGCCCUGCUGCCUUCGCCCACCCGCGAGAAACUGAUGCCAGCCAUAACCAAGAGGGAGUCGGAAUCGCAGAGGGGUAGCCCCAAGAAGACAGCCCUUUCCAGGCAUGGAUCGCCCCAGAAAGGCAGCCCCCAAAAGGGCAGUCCCAAGAAGGUUCUCAAAUCACGCUCCCAAUCGGUGGGUCCGGGCGUUGCUGAGAAUGAAUCCCCGAAGCGACAGAUACGGUCGGCCUCACAGGCCCCUCCGGCGAGCCGCAAAAAGACACCGACUUCAGCCACGACAGCGGCCGGAAGCGAGCGUAAGACACGCCCAUCCACCCUAUCCACAACAUUCCAAUCCCGCAUUAAAAGUAGUUCCCUGCCACCGCCUAAUGGUAGAGUAGCCUCUGCGCCGCCAGCAACUGCAACAGCAACUGCAAUCCGAGCAGCAUCUGCAACAAAAUCAACUUUAAAUGCUAAUCAGCCUCAUGCCAAUCAAUCGCAAACAUCACAAGCCAAGACAACCCAUGGACCCGGCAGAUCCAACAAAAUUCUGAAAUCAUCUGCGGCAUCUGCAACAUCGGGACAACAGCAGCAGCCACAGCAGAAACAGCAGCAGCAGCAACAGCAACAACAGCAAAUGCGUAAGACAGACAAAGAUAGAUCGAAUAUUAGUUGCAUUGGUUUUGGUAGUACUGUUGGUGCUGGUAGCGGUAGUCAGACGAAUAGUGUCAAAAAUCAGCAGAACAAACAAAAGCAACAGCAACUACAACAGCAACAACAACAGCAGCAGCAGCAGCAGCAGCAACAAAAGACUGCUGCCCCAUCAGACAAAACACAAGCAGCAACAUCAACAGCAGCCACGGGCACGGCCACAGUCAGAGAAGGCACAUCUCAACCAGUUGUUCAGUCAACAGCUCAAUCAGCAACAUCCUCGUCUCAAAAUCCCAUCCGGCCUGCAACCAUCAACAUCAAACGGCUCACGGUACCAGGUCAGGAUAGAAAAUUGGCUGAAAACGAUGGCGAGGAUGGUCGUGAGACUGCCAUUUCCAUUUCCAGCUGCAGCCCACAGCCGCCAGUGGUCCCCGAGGUUCCCGAGGAACCUCUGGUGAAGUCACCGCCAGAACCCACUCGGGUGAAGUCCCCGGAGCAGAUUAUUAUGCGUUCGCCCGAUCCAGUGAACUGGACCGUGCCCCUGGAUACGGGCAAGACCUUUACGGUUACCCAGAAUGUCAAAGAUGGGGAGAACUAUAGCCGACCUCAGAGCGAGAUAAAAGCAUCGACACCGGUGGAGAAACCACCACCGCCACCACAAUCGGCACCGCCACAACUAACCGAACAGGCUAAAAUGGACGCCUGGAAGUCGUCCAGUCCCACGACCAGUGGAGGUGCUGUCUAUGGCAAGACCCUGACGCCCCAUGCGGCCCCAGGUGGAGCUGUGCGCCAGCAGCAGCAGCCGGUGGAUCAGCCGCAGGAUCAGGUCCUGUCAUCGUCCUCGUCAACGGGCACUGGAUCGACGGCUCGCACCACAGCGGCCGAGGUCCUGGAGAAGGCACGCGACCGUUUCGAUCGAUUCUGGGGCACCAGCGCCAGCAAGGAGGAGAGUGUCUAGGCGACAGCAGACACUCGCAUGAAAAGCAUGAAAGUGCAAGCAAUUAUAAUACGUAUUACAGCCUACAAACAAAAAUGACAUUAUGCAAUACCUAAACAUAUAUGAAAAAUACUCUCUUUAAUACCUAUGCUAUGCGAAAUCCCCACUUUGACUAUGCUUGAACAUUUUGAUUUCAUAGCAAUAUCAUGAAUCUGCAUGAACACCUACUAAAAUUAUUUUCUACAAAAGACUUUCACUGCCUUUCCCCACAAAAAACAAUAAAAAAAACAUCAUACUGUUGUUUUGCAUUGAAAACCCCAAGAGAACUUUGCAAUAUUUCGAAAUCAUCAUGCAAUCAUAAAAAUAAAUAUAUAAAAUGGGACAAACAUCACCGCAAAGACCCGUCCAAAAAGUGAAUACGAAAUAUAUCUCACAUUUUUGUAACUUUCAUUAAUCGAGCAAAAACCAAGCCGUAUAUUUGGGUAAUGCAUAAAAGGUGAUCUACGCUGAUCCGUCAAAAACCAAAAUAAAAAGUUGAUAAUAGAUUUUGCACAUGAAAUACAAAACCAAAACAAAUGAAAGAUGAUAUUAACAAUAAUUUAAGAAACAUUUUUGGCUAAAAGAAAAAAGAAAUGGCAAAUGAUGGUUAGAAAAACGAAGAAAACACUCACACGGGAAACAUACUGAAAUACCACAAACACAAUGAAAACUGAAAUGAAGGAUGCGAUGAGGGACAAUGCUUUGGAAAGCUGUGAAACUAGUUUGAGACAUACGUACAUUUCUUAUAUAACUAUAACUAUAUGUAUGUCUGAAUAGUCGACAAAUAUGAAAGAUAGAUAUUCAGAUUUUGAUUAAAAGUUUAGCGCUAAUUGAUUGAAAACAAAUGCUUCCCAAAGGGCCAUAGCUUUGAGAAAUGCUGAUUGAUGAUUGAUGUAUGGGAAUUUUGUUAGAUUUCGUUUCCUCAUGUGUAUCUGCCAGACAUCACUUUCCUUCGCGAAACUGGAAAUGCUUAAAUGUUAUACAUCUAAAAGAAAAACCAAAAAGGAAACCAGAAAGGUAUACCCUGUACGCUGAAGUUAAAAUUUCAUUACCCAUAAGUUGUGUGAUUAACUUCAGUAUUGAGCUUAAUUGUUGCUUGUCUAUAUAUUUUUUAAUACAAAAAAUAUAGUAAUAAAAACCAAAAUCACAAAAAAAAUGAAGUAGGAGAUGGUUGAGAAAGACAGUUCAAUGGUAUUUAUUAAACAGUUGAAUAUUUGUAUAUGUUUUUCAUGAAUGGACCUGUUUGUUAGUUGAAAAUGAUGAGUUGAUUACAGAAACCCUAUGAAUAGUAACAAGAUAUUACAAGUGUCCCCACACCGCAGAGCAGAAAUGUAUUUGUUUAUUAAUUCUCAUUCGAUUUGAAUAAAUCCAAAAUGCAUUAGUUAGAGACAAAAGAUUAAGAAAACUUAUGACACUCUCUGGCAAUCUUCGAUAAAUCCAAAAGAACCCAAACAAAAA